CCUGGAUGGGCCUAGCCGUCAUGUGCCCGUUUCUUCCUCGGCAGUCUCAUCGGUUCCUUACAGGUCCCGCUGCCCGCUAACUUGACUGCUUGCAAGACGACUCACCAGCCUGCCACGUUUUACCUCCUCAUCUUGCUCUCCAAUUCUCCUGUUCAUUCGCAUGUUUGUCUACACUGCAAGUUCGCGAGGCUCCUUCGGUCGAAGAGCAUGCCAUAGAAUCGUGUCUUUUUCUUGACGGGUGCCUCCGGGCUUGACAUGCAGGUCAUCGCGGUUAUCUGCAGCUCCAGAUCCGAGUCUACAAGGUUCUAAUCGGGCUUGUUUGUGGCGGUGAGACAGCACGAUGGCUCACGCCUCUUUUCCCGUCUUGUCUGCGCCCCUGUCGGUAAAACUAUCAACCAAGAGCUGCUUCAGCUUUAGAGACUCAGUUCCAGCGUUAGGCGCCAUCUAUGGUUGUGUGCGGCAGCGCCGUCACGCGAAGCGACAUGUGCACUCACUCAGUUGCGGGCUGGUUCCGCUCACCUCAAUCAAUCAACAUCAACAUAAAAGCCUGAUAAAACUACCACCGCGAGCCGUCGCAGUAUGGUCGAGAUUCAAGUCCGACCUGCCGGCUGAGCCAGUUCUUUAUUCGCAACUAACCAUUGGCGUGCCAAAGGAGACUCACCCGGGAGAACGUCGCGUCGCUGUCGCGCCACAGAACAUCCCUUUACUGUUGAAGAAAGGUUUCGCGCGGGUCCUGGUUGAGCGAGGUGCUGGCAUCGAAGCUGAAUAUGCCGACGAGGUCUACGAGCAUGUCGGUGCCACCGUGGUUGAUCGCGAGACCGUGUGGUCGGAGAGCAAUAUCCUGCUCAAGGUUCGCCCUCCGAACUUGGAAUCCGAAGUACCCAAUAUUCGAGAGGGGACUGCCUUGAUUUCGUUUCUGCAGCCCAUGCAGAACAGACCUCUUGUCGAGGCUCUCGCUUCCCAGCGCGUGACUGCUUUCGCCAUGGACAUGAUUCCGAGGAUUUCGCGUGCUCAGGCCUUUGAUGCGUUAAGUUCCAUGGCAAACAUAGCGGGUUACAAGGCUGUGCUUGAAGCAUCUAAUCAUUACGGUCGCUUCUUGACAGGUCAGGUCACUGCUGCGGGAAAGAUUCCUCCUUCCAAAGUCUUGGUCAUUGGAGCUGGCGUUGCCGGGUUGAGUGCCAUCACCACCGCUCGCCGAUUGGGCGCGAUCGUCCGCGGGUUUGACACUCGGUCUGCCGCUCGAGAACAAGUACAGUCCUUAGGAGCUGACUUCUUGGAAGUCAGUGUCAAGGAGGAAGGCUCAGCUGCGGGUGGCUACAGUAAGGAAAUGUCCAAGGAGUUCAUCGAGGCGGAGAUGAAACUGUUCAUGGAACAAUGCAAAGAAGUCGACAUUGUCGUCACUACUGCCGCGAUUCCAGGAAGACCGUCUCCUAAACUGAUCACCGAGAAAAUGGUCAGUGCGAUGAAACCCGGCUCGGUCAUUGUCGACCUUGCAUCAGAGGGUGGCGGGAACUGCGAGGUUACCCAGCCUGGCAAACUAAUUGUGCAUAACCAUGUUACCAUCAUUGGAUACACGGACUUCCCAUCUCGACUACCUACACAGUCAACGAGUUUGUAUUCCAACAACAUCACAAAGUUCCUGCUGGCAAUUUCCCCCAAGGACAACCACUUCGGCAUCGACUUGGAAGACGAAGUCGUGCGAGGCUCCAUCGUUACACACGACGGGAAAAUCAUUCCUCCUGCUCCACGACCAGCUCCACCCCCGGCUCCCGUGCAGCAGCAUCACGAACAUGAAUCUAAGCCCGUUGAGUUGACGCCUUGGCAAAGUCAAGCUCGCAAUGCAGCAGCCGUGACCGGAGGAAUGAGUGCAGCUCUUGCAUUGGGAAAAUUGACAUCCCCCCUGUUCAUGGGUAGCGCGUUUACUGCUGGCCUGGCAGGCCUGAUCGGCUAUCGCUCCGUCUGGGGUGUGAUUCCUGCGCUUCAUUCUCCUUUGAUGAGCGUAACCAACGCCAUUUCCGGCAUCGUGGGUGUAGGUGGCUUCUUCAUCAUGGGCGGAGGAUAUUUGCCGGAAACGGUCCCACAAGCACUCGGUGCCCUGUCUGUUCUGCUUGCGUUUGUCAACGUAUCGGGCGGGUUUGUCAUUACGAAGCGCAUGUUGGAUAUGUUCAAACGACCAACAGAUCCUCCAGAAUAUCCGUGGCUGUACGCGAUUCCUGGCGUGCUGUUCGCUGGUGGGUUUAUCGCAGCGGCAAGUACAGGUAUGGCUGGGCUCGUGCAGGCCGGAUAUCUGGUGAGCAGUCUGCUGUGUAUCGGAUCUAUCCAAGGGCUUGCAUCGCAAGCAACAGCCCGAACUGGGAACCUGCUCGGAAUCUUGGGUGUCCUAGCCGGUAUCAUCGCCUCUCUCGGCGCAGUAGGAUUCUCUCCAGAAGUCCUGACACAGUUCGGUGCGAUUGCAACUAUUGGUGGUAUUGUUGGUGCCCUCAUCGGCCGACGUAUUACACCCACCGAGCUCCCUCAGACUGUCGCUGCCUUGCAUUCAGUUGUUGGUCUCGCCGCCGUGCUCACCAGCAUAGGUAGUGUACUGGCUGAUGUCUCGGAUAUCUCAACCUUACACAUGGUGACGGCAUACUUGGGCGUUCUCAUUGGUGGCGUAACAUUCACUGGAUCUCUUGUUGCAUUCCUGAAACUCGCGGGACGAAUGUCAUCUCGGCCCACCAUCCUCCCUGGCCGUCAUAUCAUUAAUUCUAGUCUAUUGGCAGCCAACGCCGGCACAAUGGGUGCGUUCUUGACUAUGGCGCCUGGCGCGCCUGCUGUGGCUGCAGUGUGCCUAUCUGCAAACACUGCGCUCAGUUUUGCCAAGGGAUUCACCACGACGGCUGCUAUAGGAGGAGCGGAUAUGCCUGUGGUCAUUACCGUGUUGAAUGCAUACUCAGGUUUCGCCCUCGUUGCUGAGGGCUUCAUGCUUGACAACCCUUUACUACUAACCGUAGGCUCGUUGAUCGGCGUUAGCGGUUCCAUCCUGUCGUACAUUAUGUGCGUCGCGAUGAAUCGUUCUCUAACCAACGUCCUCUUCGGCGGUAUUGCACCAAUCGCCCAAACUUCGCACGAAAUCAAAGGUCAGAUCACGAAGACCACCGUGGAGGAGACGGUCGAGGCGCUCGCCAACGCCGAAUCCGUCAUCAUUGUGGUCGGCUAUGGCAUGGCCGUGGCGAAAGCCCAGUACGCCAUUGCUGAAAUUGUCUCUCUCUUGCGCUCCAAGGGCGUGAAUGUCCGCUUCGCAAUCCACCCCGUCGCAGGACGAAUGCCGGGACAAUGUAACGUGCUGUUGGCUGAGGCCAGCGUGCCGUAUGAUAUUGUCUUGGAGAUGGACGAGAUCAAUGACGAUUUCCCGGAGACGGACCUCACGUUGGUGAUUGGCGCAAACGACACGGUGAACCCGAUUGCAUUGGAGCCUGGCAGCCCAAUAGCGGGAAUGCCCGUGUUGCAUGCCUGGAAGAGUAAAGGGGUGGUGGUUAUGAAGCGAGGCAUGAGCAGUGGAUACGCGGACGUCCCGAACCCCAUGUUCUACAUGCCUGGCACGAGGAUGCUGUUUGGAGACGCGAAGCAGACCUGUGAUGCUCUCAAGGCCGCGUUGGAGACCAGGUACAAGGCGCAAUUCCACGUCUAGAACGCCACGGCCCCGUCAACAAUACGCCGCCUUGCAUCUAUGUGGAGUGAAGAGUAGCAAGUGGGGGCCCUUUGCUUUCACCGGGGCUCAUAUCAGAUUGCCAGAGAAAUCAAAUCAAAUCAAAUCAAAAAAAGUACGAGGGUUAUUACAAGUUCAUGGGAAAAGAAAAAGAACGGGAGGCAGAAGAUCAGCCAUAGGGAGAGGCGAGGAUUGGUCAUAUGCGAUGCAAUGGGUGACAGCCAACGACCACGUACUCGUUCGCCGUCCUGGGCGAAGUGAUGAUGUGGCUGGCGGAAUAAUCAAUACGGUACUCAUCUGGACGUUACGACGGGACAUUCGAACACCGCCUGGGCAACAGCGGGAUCGUGCAGCGCGUCCAAACUCUGAGCAUUCGCUUGACCAACUCCAGCUGGGCAUCGUGGAAGAACGGCAAGUAAAUUGAGUUGAGCUGAGUGGAUGUUCGUCGUGGGACGGAUUGGAAGCAAGGGAGAUUACUAGCAUCGAAACUUUUUUUUUUUGGUGGGGAGAUCUAGACUAGUCUAUAUUGCAAAUGGGUAGAUCUGGUACAGGACAAUGAAUGCAUUGAAC